GCGGCAUGGCGCAGUGACGUCAGACGCAGCUCCUGCGACGCGGUGACCCUCCAGGUGCUCGCCUUGAGGUGCUUCAGCGAGCUUUUUCGGCGUAUCUGCAUGAAAUGGCCUAAGGUGGCGAACGUAGUCUCCGAGGCCGCCUGUCACCCGGACGCCUGCAAUGCCGCGCCGCCGCCCGCAGCCUCUCAGCUGUCACAACGGAGCGGGAAGCGAGUGAAGAUGCGGUCGGACGCGGGGGCGACGGAUUGACCUGCGUGUUUGUACCGAGUGGGGAACGCUAGCGGGGAGGCUAUCCCGGCUAGUCAGCGCGGACGCCCGGCGGCUCGGACACCAGCAUUGAGCGACCAUGGCCGGGCUCAUCAAGAAGCAGAUCCUGAAGCAUCUCUCCAGGUUUGCCAAGAACCUGUCGCCGGACAAGAUCAACCUGAGCACGCUGAAGGGCGAGGGCCAGCUCACCAACCUGGAGCUGGAUGAGGAGGUCCUGCAGAGCCUGCUGGACCUGCCCACCUGGCUGGCCAUCAACCGCGUGGAAUGCAACAAGGCCGCAAUCAGGAUCCCAUGGACAAAGUUGAAGACUCACCCAAUCUCAUUGACCCUGGACAAAGUGGUGAUGGAGAUGAGUACCUGUGAUGAACCCCGUCCCCCCAAUGGUCCGUCUCCCAUAGCAACAGCAUCAGGACAAAGUGAAUAUGGCUUUGCUGAAAAGGUGGUGGAGGGUAUUUCCCUGUCUAUCAACUCCAUCGUCAUCAGGAUCAGUGCCAAGGCCUUCAACGCCUCAUUCGAACUCUCCCAGCUGCAGGUCUACAGUGUCAACACCAGCUGGAGCAUCAGCGACCUGCGAUUCACUCGCAUCCAGGACCCUCAAAGGGGGGAGAUCCUGACGUUUAAGGAGAUAAGCUGGCAGAUGAUCCGCAUCGAGGCCGACGCGAUCCAGAGUGCUGAGCAUGAGAUGCUGAGCGCGCCCAUUCGCCUCAUCACCAACCAGUCCAAGAUUCGAGUCACUCUGAAAAGACGGAUAAAGGACUGUAAUGUUGUGGCCUCCAAGCUGAUUCUGGUCCUGGAUGACCUGCUCUGGGUGCUGACGGACUCCCAGCUCAAAGCCAUGGUGCAGUAUGCCAAGUCCCUCAGCGAGGCCAUGGAGCGGUCUGCUCAGCAGAGAAAGAGCAUGGCCACUGACGACCAGGCAUCGUCGGCACCACCUUCCACCCAGCAGGUGCGGGCCCAGCAAGCGGCCACGGCCGCCGACCAGAACGCGUCCAUGGCCAAGCUGUUCAGCGCCUACGACGUGUGCGAGACGUCCCACCAUCUCCAGAUCACGCACCUCGACCUGCACAUCUGUGACGACAUCCACGCAAAGGACAAAGCCGUCAAUAAAAGGAUAAUAGGCGGAGCCAUGCAGCUGUCCUUUAGCUCCAUAACUCUGGAUUACUACCCGUUCCACAGAGCAGGUGACAGUUGUGCCCACUGGAUGCACUACAGCGAAGCCACCAAGACGAGGGAAGGCUGGGCACGAAACCUGCUCGAUGAGUUCAGAACCAACGUCGAGAUGUUGAAGAGUGCAGCUCGCGACCAGCAGAGCUCAGCGCCUGCGCACGGCUCCCCACAGCACGUGUCCCUUAGGGACGAUGUGUAUGGGCCUCUAGGAAGUCAGGAGAUAACAGGAGAAGGAGUAGGGCUUAGGGAAGCACAUGAAGGUCUCCUACAGUGGAGCCCACACACACGGCCUCCAGCCCAGUGCUGCUGGUGCCUAGAGCCAGGGAGAAUAAACACCUCAUCCAGCAGUUCAUUUAGUCCUCCUCCCCCCACAAGCCCCAAGACCCAGCUUAUGUCCAGCUCCUUUGUUCUCAGAAUGGCGGACUUCAGCAUUUACCAGGUGUCAACAGCAGACCAGCGUCGCUCCAGCCCCAAAACCAUGAUCUCCUGUAAUAAGAAGUCCUUGUACCUCCCUUCAGAGAUGCCAGCUAUCCAUGUGGAGUUCACAGAGUACUACUUCCCUGAUGGAAAAGACUACCCCAUCCCUUGUCCCAACUUGUAUGCCCAGUUAAAUGCCCUGCAGCUGGUCCUGGAUCCUCGCAGCCUGGUGUGGAUCAACCUCUUUGCCCUCGACCUCAAACAAAGCCUGGAGCAGUUCAUGGAGAUCUACAAGCUCAACGAUUCUCAGAAGCCAGAGGAGCACAUUGACAUCAAGGUUGACGGGCUCAUGCUCAAGUUGGUAAUUCCCACGGACCGAGAAGCAUCGUGUCCUCCCGACCUUCCACGCUCCAUCUCCGUACAGACUUCGGAAAUGGUGGCCACUAACACCAGGCACCCUGCGAACUGCACCCGCUCCAACCUUGAGGCCCUUCUGCAGAUCUUCGAAGAGGAGCCCUUCUUCGCGUCGUCCUUCUCCUCAUUCCCCCGCUCCUCCUCCUCCUUACCCCUCCUGCAUCCCGUCUUCCAGCGGCACGCUCACGAACAAGACACCAAGCUCCACGACAUCUACCGUGGCCUGGUGGUGCCAACGAUGGACACAGACGCCCUCAAGACGCCGGCUGCUACUGACUUUUGGGCGCUGCACUUUGCCCAGUUUUGGGUGGACUAUGAAGGCACGCGUGGGGGCAAAGGGCGGCCGCAGCCCUUUGUGGACUCCUUUCCGCUCACCGUGUGGGCUUGCCAGCCAGCAAAGCUUGUCCAGCACCAGGAGAAGCUGAGGGCUGCUGCUGGAUUAGGUUUGUCCAGGAGCAGCUCUGCAGAGGCGGUUACACGGCUGCAGAGGAAACGUUUAUUAAAGGAGUAUUAUAGCACAGAUGGUGGCGCAACAUCAUCUCACAGCGGUGACGCAAUACCGCCACCCAGUAACGGACUCCAUAAACCUCCCUCACUAGACAGUCUGCCUGCCUCCUCCUCUUCUUCUACAUCUUCAAGUAAAGAUGCAGACGUACAUGUGUUGGUGCAUGUCCACAAGCCUUUAAGUGCACAAGUGAGUCACCGACAAUAUGUGUUCCUGAUGCAUCUCCAACGCAGCAUUAAAGCCCUGCAGCAGACCCUGCAGCAGGACCUGGAGGAGAUGGGCUCCAAACGAGAACGCAAGGAUCUUUCCCAGCAUCCCGCAGACGACCAGGGGUUCACUGUCUGCCUCGGCCUCCUGCUGAAAAGCGCAGAGGUCUCGCUACUGCUAAAGCCCGUACCCCAGGCCGAAGGCUCAGGAUCUCCUCCAGUGUCUGAGCUCUCGCCCUCAGAGAGCCGAGGAACUCUGGAGCCUGGAAGCGACGCGGGGGAAGGUGUGGAGAAGGCUGAGAAAGGGAAGGACGGGUCUGGAUCUGACACGGGGGCAGCCAAGGGCACCUGCACCGUAGAUCAGCUGCUGUGUGGGGAAAGUUUAGAGAAUGUGGCUACUCAAGGUCCUGCCCCCCUCAUCCCCACCUCCACGUCAACACAACAUCCUGAGGUAAACCACAAGAAUGCUGGAACGUGGAGCUCGGAUGAAGGGGGUGGGGAGGCGACGGUGGAUGACGAAAUGGGACUUGGAGUAGAAGCAAAAUCCCACAUGAGUGAGCUCCCGUCCGACCGACUCAAAGACAAGGCUGCAGCUGCUAAGAUGCCUCAGUCAGUAUCCAGGAAAGGAAGUUUGUCUGUGGUUUCUGAUCUUCUCAGCUCCUCAAACUCCAGCAGAUCCACCUCCCUUUAUUCCAUGUCCAACAUUGGUCGUUUGAUGCGGGAUCGCUCCCAGUCUAGUUUCUCUGUGUCCUAUAAGAACAUGAAGAAGAGCCCGUCCUUGCAGUCACUGGACAACAUUUCCAUUGACAGCUAUCUGAUGGGGGACGGAGACACGUACAGCCUGAUGGAGCGAGAUGAUGUUUCCAUCACGGGCUUCAAGGAUGCCGUCAGUGAGCAGAGCGCCACGGAGAGCGCCACCGAGGCCGUGGUCACUCAGCAGCAGGAGGGAGGCGUCUCCCCCGACACCGUCAGCGCCACGUCCCAGAGCAUCGACGAGCCCACCAAAGACAUAGUGUCGGUGCUGGUCCUGAAGGUGCAGUCGGUGAGUUUGGCCAUGGAGGCGCUCGGUGGGAGCACAGCUGUGGCUCUGGAGGUGGGUCAGGUCACACCCAGCCAGCUGGGCAACGUCAGCCUGAGGCAGUACCUCAGCAACCGCAGCCUGGGUAUGGUGUGUUCAGUACCAAUGCCUGCACAAAGCAGCCAAGCGGGUGGUGGCAUCGGCUCUGCGUCCGUCACGGGCCUCCACAGGCCCAGUGUGCGGGCCCGUCUGGAGAGCGGCCCCCGCGCCGCCGCUCACUCCCCCCUGGCGGCGCACAACGGCUUCCUGCAGCUGCGUCUUCACGGGUACGAGGCCAGCUUCCUGAUGUCCACGCUGCGCAACCUGGCCCACUUCCUGGAGGACGACACGGCUCCGCUGGUGCUGCCCAUGGAGAUCAGCAUCAGGGACACGUGCAUCAACCUAAAGGAUGACGGUCCGCGUGACAGUUCCUCCGAAUCAGACUCCUCGCCGAUCGCCUUAUUCGUGGACAAUCUCGUCAUACACAGAAGAGACGACGGUGCCUUCUCCAUAGGAGUGGACGGGGCAGCGGAGGUCAAGCCCAGGAGGGAGGCCGUGUUGAUGGACAACUCCCUGAGUCCGGUCCCCGAGGCCGCGGGCGGCGUCUGCUGUGUGUCGAACGCUACGCAAACGGAAGCCCCGCCCACCAGCCCUCCUCCGUCUCGCAGGGAAACGAUGCUAAUGGAGGAGAACGAAUGUUUGAAGAUGGAGCUGUCCCGAGCGAAGAUGGCGCUGGCCGAGGCACAAAUGGAGAAGGACUCGCUGCUGCACCGGAUGAAGAGCCUCAAGCUCGGCGCCAGCUAGAACCGGCGUCACCGAUGGGCGGCGGGCGCGAUUGAGAGCGACAUCAGCGAGCAAAGGCCCCCGACACGGACUGAGCCGACAUGUAAUGUUAGACUUUCGAAACCCGGUCCGUGUGAAGACUCUAAAUACUCUUUUACGUGCUUGUUUUGUUCUCCGCAGAUGAAAAGGGAGAAAUGUCAUAAAGUGAGCGUGUGUGUGCGCGUGUGUGUGCGCGUGCGUGUGUGUCCAGGCUUGUGCCUACAGUGAUUCCAUGGUGCAAGUUCAGUAGAAUAGUCUCAGAUGAGGUAUGAAGGAACACUGAAUGUCAUAUCUUCAGAGGAAUGUCUCUUUAAAAAAAAAACAGAACCUAUUUUGCACUGGACUAAAAUUGAACUUGUAAUUUAGUGCUUUCACAUUCGCGGAGGACGAGACUGAUCACACCACCGGCCCUCGGAGCGUGUGGCAUCCGUUGCGUACGAAUGUGAAGCGUUUUCUACAGACUUUCGACCAGCCGUCGCGUCUCGGUUGAAUGUGUUUCGUGUGAGUCUCAGCCAGAGCAAGCGUUUGAUGAGUUUCUACUCCCCCCCCCCCUCCAGCGCGGACCCUGACACAGCCCCCAUCCUAUUUUUCUAUGUGUACAUAGCUACUCAUCAUGUGCAGCACUUUUCAAACUGAGGCACUGUAAAUACAGCAAACAGGAGUGAGGAGGAAACACUGAGUUGAUUUAGAGAAGUAAUUUAUGGACGCUGCCUUCCCUAAAGCAGGAGGAGGAACAUACCGGCACAUUAACGCUGCCUGACUUCACCUGUUUGUUAGUGUUUUUUAUGUAGACGUCGACCCUUUUUUGCCGGUGAAAUCCCCUCGUAGACGCUUUGGCACAGCACAAAAAAGACGAACACUACUCUCUCGGUGCUCGAACGUUCCCUUUUUUUUCGCAAAACGUACAGCGAGAGUGUGAAGACUUUGUGUAAUGGAGAGAAACGUUUGUUUCCUCGCCACAACUCUGUCGUUCGACCUGUGAAAAUGUGGAGGAAGAAAAAGAUGAUGUAUUUUAACUGUUAACGCUGCUGAAACCAUUAUUACAAUAAAGAGGGAAUCCAGUUUGAUUCUGCUUCUGCCACCUCA